AUGCCUAGCGAGGAUCACAGCGGACUCGCGGAUGUCAACCCUCGGCUGUCGUCGGAGCACCGGUACAGCAUGCGAGCUGGCCUACCGAAUACAUCUCAUCACCCCCAGGGCCGGCGGCACCUGGAUCCCCACCAAUUCACGAACAUCAGCGAUGACGCGAAGAGGGCGGAGGGGCGGCUCGGUCGGGCGCACGUGACCUCAACCGAGCAGCAGAAGCGCGCCGACGUCUACUAUGCCACGAAGCAGCCGUCGGUUGCUCAGCCACCAGGCACGGAGUGCAACCUGUUUCUCAAAUCGUAUUACUACACGCCUCUGUCGAAGCAGGACAGUCCAUCGCCUCUACCCAGGCAGAGGACAGGCUUCCGGGCGGACGCACAGAACACCUCCUUCCAGCUCUCCGAGGCCCGACUGCGCAAGAUCAAGAGUGAGCAUCCACGAUAUAAGGAGGAGGUGAUGCGUGCCCUGCAGGACCAGCACGGCGACUACAGCAUUGUGUCGACCGAGCAGAAAAUAUCGCGCCGGGUUGCUGUAGAGGAGUAUGCCGACGGCAGCGACGCGCGGAUGGCGCACAUUGAGGCCUCCAACAAGUACCGCAGCACGCCGGACCUGGGCACCCCAUCCCCGGCCAUCCAGAACUCCAUUCCGUACGCACUCAGCGAGGCGUGCCCGCCACGCGCCGACACGCAGCUGUCGUGUGCUUCGCACGUCCGCCUGUAUCCAGGUCGUGGCCGCAGCUCCUCUCCCCCAGAAACACCCGUGAAACCAUGCGACCGCCACCUGCACGACGGAUCGGCCCCGUAUGAUUCCACCGCUGUCUCGGGCCAGGCCUACCCGUCGCCGCCCGCGGUUGGCGAGAGACGUAACAUCUACGCGAAGCCCACCCUGGUUCACAUAGACGAUCGCCGUCACCGCAACUGCGUGGAAGACCUGGACUCCCUGGCCAUGAAGCGGGCGCGCGCGCGCAGCGGCACCAGCGCUUCUCAGGAACGGUCGGAUUUCAUUUUCGGCCCCGGCCCCGCGCCGCACGCUUGCAAGCCGUCACUACGUUACCGCACCGAAGCGCGCUGGAAGGCUCAGGAGCGCAGUGUUGAAGAGCGGCGCACUGGCCGCGCACUCUAUCCUCAGUCCUUCAAGUCAACUGCUCUAUGGUAG